UUUUUUUUCCGACCAUAUCGUUCGUCUGGUUCGCAUCGCUGCUGCCGCAACGAAUUUUCCUUGAAAACCAACCAAACCACAACAACAACAAAAAUUAAGAGAGAAAAACGCGGCGGAAAAUUCGUAAAAAAAAAGCCGGCUGGAAAAAAUAUUAAUAAAAAUUAUAUAAAAAAAAAAAUAAAAAUUAAAGCCCGUCGGUUAAACAUUUAUUGCUUUUGGAUUUGUUUUUCUGUGUUUGUGAGAGAAAAGUGUAACCAAAGUUAUUAAAAUUCAUAUGCAGUGUUACCAUUACCUUGGAUAUUACAUGAAAAUCUAAGUUGAGAAUUAUAACAUAGAAGAAAAGCGGCAAGAAGCAGCAGAAGGAGGAAUCGAUAGUCCCUUUUGAGAUAAAACGGAUAAUGCUGGUGCCGUCGGACAUGAUCGCGGCGCAGUCCAAGAUGGUCUACCAGAUGAACAAGUACUGCGCCGAUCGCGUCCAGGUGCGCAAGGCCCAGAUCCACAAACAGAUCCAGGAGGUGUGCCGCAUCGUUCAGGACGUCCUCAAGGAGGUGGAGGUCCAGGAGCCCAGAUUCAUCUCCUCCCUGAACGACUAUAACGGCCGCUUCGAGGGCCUGGAGGUUAUAUCGCCCACGGAAUUCGAAAUUAUCAUAUAUUUGAAUCAAAUGGGUGUUCUCAACUUCGUGGACGACGGCACUCUGCCAGGAUGUGCUGUCCUGAAGCUAAGCGACGGCCGGAAGCGUUCCAUGUCCUUGUGGGUGGAGUUUAUCACGGCGAGCGGGUAUCUGUCCGCCCGGAAAAUCCGCUCCCGCUUCCAGACACUGGUGGCCCAGGCGUGCGACAAGUGCGCCUACCGCGACAUCGUCAAGAUGAUCGCCGACACCACGGAGGUGAAGCUGCGCAUCCGGGAGCGCAUCAUUGUCCAGAUCACGCCCGCCUUCAAGUGCGCCGGCCUCUGGCCGCGCUCUGCCUCCCACUGGCCCCUGCCCGGCAUACCCUGGCCGCAUCCCAACAUCGUCGCCGAGGUCAAGACCGAGGGAUUUGAUAUGCUCUCCAAGGAGUGCAUCGCUCUGCAGGGCAAGAACUCCGCCAUGGAGGGCGAUGCCUGGGUCCUGAGCUUCACCGAUGCCGAGAAUCGAUUGCUGCAAGGAGCCAGUCGUCGAAGGUGCCUGAGUAUCCUGAAGACCCUGAGAGAUCGGCAUCUGGACCUGCCCGGCAACCCGGUGACCUCGUACCAUCUGAAAACCCUGCUGCUGUACGAGUGCGAGAAGCAUCCCAGGGAAAUGGAAUGGGAGGAGAACUGCAUCGCGGACAGGAUCAAUGGAAUAUUCCUGCAGCUGAUAUCCUGCCUGCAGUGUCGCCGCUGUCCGCACUACUUCCUGCCCAAUAUGGAUCUGUUCAAGGGCAAGUCCCCGGGAGCUCUGGAAAAUGCGGCCAAGCAGGUUUGGAGACUAACACGCAUAAUGCUGACCAAUGUCCGGUGCCUGGAAGAGCUGUAGAAUCAAACAAAAACAGGAUCAAGAUGAUCUAGAGAGGAUCAGAGUUCCCCUUGCCACUAAACACAAAAUUGGAAUCCCUUCAGAUCUGUUCAGGGGCUACCAAAUAACGUAAUCUUUGGGGUUUUAUUUUCUUAUUUUAUUUGUUAUAUAUAUUGAAAUAUAUAUAUGUAUUUUUCUGAUGACAGAUCGGGGGGAUAUAUAUAGGGGGGAUCUGAAGGGUCUGAGACAAAGGAGAGCAAGGAAAUUGUAACCCAAAUACUAUUUGAUAUUUCGCUUAGAUUUUAAAAUUAAGUUUUAGGUGCUUUCGAAAAGUAUACGCCGCUUAAAGAGUUUCCUAUAAUUAGUGCAUAUAUAUAAUAUAAAAAAUAAAAAAUAUAUAUAUACAAAAUAUAUAUAUAUUUAGCCUAAAACCUAGAGUUAUCCCAUACGCACAAAUGUUUUUUUUUUAUAAAAAUAAAUUUAUAUAUUUAAUAUAACAAAGCUAGCAAAGCGCAGUGACAAAAAAAAGAAACAGAAAAAAUUAGCUAAAUUAGUUUUUUUUAAGUAAAAUGGAAAACUAAAAACUGAGACAACCGAUUUCUGGAAUAUUUCCCGUCGGUCUUUAAAUUAUUUAUUAAAUGUUUUUUUUUUGCCUUCUUCUUGUGAGUUUAGUCAAUAAAAUGUAAGUUUUUCAUUGAAA